AAUUUCAUGCCUGCCUGUUAAACCCACCAUAAAAACACGUGUUUUCUGAAUUUUCCCAUCUUCGGCAAAAUUUUUGGCAACAAAAGCUUAACCAAUCUUACUCUAGUUAGUUUACAUCAUUUAAUUUUUCGAGUUACUUGUAAAAGAACAACAUGGACGAGGAAAUCAUGUCGGACGAUUCGGACGUAGAAAAUCCAAAAAGCCAUUCCAAGUUGCUUUCGGCGAUCUCCAAACUUGACUACACAGAGAGAAUUAAACCAGCCAAAAGGAAAGAACCGAGCCACCAAGUGUCCGAAUUUCACCUGGCCAAGGUCAGGAGGUCCAAGGGCAAGAGUGGAGUUGAUGUGUCCGAAUUGGCAGACGCCCUGAAGACCUCGUCGACAGUGAAAAUUCGCAGGAAAUUCCAGGAGUUGCAAAAGAAACCAGCGACGCUUCCGAAACCUUUGGAGAAAAUCUUUGCCGACAAGGUUCAAAGAAAGGAGGGUUACGAGAAAGUUAAGGCAGUGCUGUCAAGGUGGGAUGACGUUGUUGAGAGUAAUCGAGUAGCUGACAAACUCGAGUUUCCUGCCAAAAACCAGGAUGUUAAAGUUUUCGAGACCAACAUCAUGUCUUCUGUGACUGCUCCGAAAACUGAUUUGGAGAAAAAGGUCUACAGUAUGCUGGAGCAGAGUGGGUACAUUGCUCCCCAAGCACAGGAGCCUGAGGUUGACGAGUAUCCUCUGACUUUGGAGGAAGUUCUGGCCAAGCGAAGGGAGUUCGGUGACUUAAAAAGAAAGUCCAUCCAGCAGCAAAUGAAAACCUGGAGGCAGAACAAAAUCAAGAGCAAGAAGUUCCACCGAAUUCUGAGGCGAGAAAAAAUGCGGCAGCAAAUCAAAGAGUUUGAGGCUCUGAAGGAGAAAAAUCCAGAGGAGGCUUUGAAGAGACUUGAUGCCAUCGAAAGGUCUCGAGCCGAGGAAAGAGCCUUGCUGAGGCACAAGAAUACUGGUUCGUGGGCUAAAAAUCAGCAAGUCCGAGCCAAAUAUAAUAAAGAGGUCCGUCAAGUUUUGUCCAAACAAAUUGAGCUGAGCAGAGAGUUGACUCAGAAAAUCAAAAAACCUGGUGACGAAUCUUCUGAUGAAGAUGAUUCUGAUGCUGGGUCUGCUCUCCCCCAUCCAGAUUUGAUGUGGUCGGAGGGAAGCAAUAAAGAUGGAAAGAAAGAUGAGAUUUCCAAUUUUGUCAGUGGAUAUAGAAAAUUCUGGGAGGAGCAGAAUAAGAGCAAGGGUGAAAAAGCUCUUGAAGCUGAGGAAGGAGAAGAACUAGAGCCUCCGCAAAUAAUGGAGCCCACUUUGCCUGAUGUCGGCACUGAAGUUGAGGAGGACGAGCGUUUGGAGUUGAUGGAGGAUUUGCUCGAGAUCAGGAAAGACCAGGAGAAGUUUGAGAAUAAUCAGACUGGGAAAAAUGAAACGAAAAGGUCAAAUAAGGGACUUAAAGUGAAGGAAAGGAAGAAAAGCAAGAGCGGAUCGUGGAUGGUGAUCGAAGACAGAAAUAAUACCAACGUGAUAGACCUUUUUGACAAGUUGGAAGAAGAGCAAGGGAGGCUGGUGGAGAAAUCUCUUCAAAAGAUGAAGAAGGCAGCUGAGGAAAUUAUCACAGUUGACGAUGGAGAGGAGGAGGAAAAUUCUCGAAAAGGCAAGAAAGGAAAGAAGAAAAAGGCAGCAAGGGAAGAGUUUCAUCCUUGGUCAGUGGAAAGCCUGCGACAAACAGAAAGACCAAAAUCUGCCAUCGAAAUUUCAAACACCGAGGGCACUUCUCGAGAAGGUUCGGCCAACGAGAAGAGAAAUCUUUUGAAAAACUCUCUGGACAGACCUGUGGAAACAGAAGAUGAGAACAUCGACCCGACUAAAUUCCUCAAUCCAAAGCCCUUGAAAUCUCGGCAGGGAGAGAUGAUUGUGAUUGGAGGAGAAAAUUUGGACGAAGACAGAUUUUCUGAAAAGCAAAAGGCAAUGCUGGCGGAGCUUUUUGCCGAUGACGACGUGGUUGACGAGUUCCAAAAGGAAAAGGAAGAGUUGGAAGCGGCCAGCAAGCCCAAAGAAAUCGACAUGACUCUUCCUGGCUGGGGUGAGUGGGGCGGAAGCAACACGCAGGUGUCCACUCGGAAGAGAAAACGGUUCAUUCUUAAGCCCAAAGUGGAAGCGCCGAGGAGGGAUAGAAAUUUGAGGAACGUCAUCAUUAAUGAGGAAAAAGACUCUGGAAUUUCUCAGCACCAGGUUAAUGAAUUGCCACAUCCGUUCACAAGUGUGAAGGAGUUUGAAGCCAGUUUAAGGGCGCCUGUUGGCCGAAAUUGGGUGCCAGAAACUGCACACAGGCAAAUGAUUGCUUCUCGAGUCAUCACACACGCUGGGCAGAAAAUCGAGCCAAUGAAGGAGGACGUGCUAAUGAAAGAAAAAAAGAAGCCGUUGAUUAAGACGGUGAAGAAAUUCAAGAAGGGGAAGAAAUUUGUAUGAAUGUGUUUUGUAUUGAAAAUAAAACUGCAGAUAAGUAAUUGUAGUAUUAUCCAACAAUUAAUUUGUUUUCUACUUUUAUUCAUUUAGUAUUCACUCACUGUAAUGCGAUUCGAUGCAAACAAAAAUACAGUACAGUUUUCGUCAAAAUAAAUUUAUGUGAAGACAAAAAAAAAUAAAGAGCAUUUGUGGGUGCGUGAGACUGCCAUUUUGGCAUUCGUUGAAAUAACUUAACAGUACGAACACAUAAGU